CCUUUGUGCUCCCAGCAUGCAUCCGCGACUACUCCGCGGGAAACAAAAAUGGCGAGCGGCGGCGCUGCGGCCGGGCCGGCGGUGAGGCGGCUCUGACCCCUCCGCCGCCGGGGGGGCACCGAGCGCCCGGCCGCGCCGCGCGGGUUCUGCGCCGGCUGCUUUCCUUGCGCGAGGCGGUCGACACAACCGGAGAGACCGAAUGAGAGACUCUACGGCAGUGGGUAAUUCACUGGUCCAUAAGCGCUCUCCUGUACGUCGAAGCCAUAAGACCUCAGCAUCUCUGACCAAGCUGUCGUUACAUGAUGGACAGAAGGCCAAGAAGCCACUGUGUAAAUUUGAAGAAGGUCAGGAUGUCCUAGCUAGGUGGUCAGAUGGCUUGUUUUAUCUUGGAACUAUCAAAAAGAUAAACAAACUGAAACAGAACUGCUUCAUUAUAUUUGAAGAUAGUUCCAAAUCUUGGGUUCUCUGGAAGGACAUACAAACAGGAGCCACUGAAAGUGGGGAAAUGGUCUGUACAAUAUGUCAGGAAGAGUAUUCAGAAGCACCGAAUGAAAUGGUUAUAUGUGAUAAAUGUGGGCAAGGUUAUCAUCAGCUGUGCCAUACACCAAAUAUUGAUGCCAGUGUGAUUGAUUCAGAUGAUAAAUGGCUCUGUCGACAGUGUGUCUUUGCAACAACAACAAAGAGGGGUGGUGCGCUUAAGAAGGGACCAAAUGCCAAAGCACUGCAAGUCAUGAAACAAACGUUACCGUAUAAUGCAACAGACCUUGAGUGGGAUGCGGGACAUAAAACCAACAUCCAGCAGUGUUACUGCUACUGUGGAGGUCCUGGAGACUGGUAUCUGAAGAUGUUGCAGUGCUGCAAAUGUAAGCAGUGGUUUCAUGAGGCUUGUGUGCAGUGCCUCCAAAAGCCCAUGCUUUUUGGUGACAGGUUUUAUACGUUCAUUUGCUCAGUUUGCAGUUCUGGACCAGAAUACCUCAAACGUUUACCCUUGAGAUGGGUAGAUAUAGCACAUUUAUGCCUUUACAACCUAAGUGUUAUUCAUAAGAAGAAAUACUUCGAUUCAGAGCUUGAACUCAUGGCCUACAUUAAUGAAAACUGGGAUAGGUUGCAUCCUGGUGAGCUAGCAGAUACACCAAAAUCUGAAAGAUAUGAGCACGUACUGGAGGCAUUAAAUGAUUACAAGGCCAUGUUUAUGUCUGGAAAAGAAAUAAAGAAAAAGAAGCAUUUGUUUGGCUUGAGAAUUCGUGUUCCUCCUGUGCCACCAAAUGCUGCUUUAAAGGCUGAGAAAGAACCUGAAGGAACUUCUCAUGAGUUCAAAAUUAAAGGCAGAAAAUCGUCUAAACCAAUCCCUGAUGUGAGGGAAUUAAGUAAUGGUAUAGAAAGAAAGGGGAAGAAAAAAUCAGUAGGUCGCCCACCUGGUCCCUAUACAAGAAAAAUGAUUCACAAAACUCCAGAGUCAUCUGCUCUGGAUAAUGAACCAGUUCCAGUGAUGGAGACUCCAGCCUUGGAAUUACCCUGCACUGUUGGGAAAUCUGAUGGAACUGCACAUUCAUCCAAUACCUCAGAUGUGGAAUCCACAGGUGCUGCCAGUAUGAAAGAAACUACCUCAUCUAGCAUUUCCAGACAUUAUAGUUUAUCUGACUCGAGAAAAAGGACUCGUACGGGAAGAACCUGGCCUGCUGCAAUACCACAUUUGAGGAGAAGAGGUCGCUUUCCACGAAAAGCACUGCAGACUCAAAAUUCAGAGAUUAUGAAAGAUGAUGAGAGCAAGGAAGAUUACCAGUACGAUGAACUCAAUACGGAGAUUCUGAACAACUUGGCAGACCAGGAGUUGCAGCUCAAUCAUCUGAAGAACUCGAUCACUAGCUAUUUUGGUGCAGCAGGUAGAAUAGCUUGUGGGGAAAAGUACCGUGUGUUGGCUCGUCGGGUGACCCUUGAUGGAAAGGUGCAGUACCUUGUGGAGUGGGAAGGAGCCACUGCAUCCUGACUGUAGGACUGAACAUUAUGUUCACUGCACUGUCAUCUGUAAGUACAGCUCAUAAUGCAGAGCCACGGGAGAAACGUCUUUAUAUCUGUUUAUAAAAACAAAACAAAACCAGUUUAGCCUUAACAUGUAAUUGCUAUCAUUACAGAUCUUGUGAUAAAGACUUAUCUUUUUAAAAUCUGAUCUGAAACUUAAAUUUUUUAAUCUGAGCAUUGUUAGGUUGUUUUAGGUUGGGAUAUUUUGGGUUACAAUUGCUUAAAAAUGUGCAUGAUGUUUUUAAGAAAAAGACAUUUUCUAGAGAACAUUCCAUGGAUACAGUUAUUGUGAUUUAGAGAAAAUAUGUAGAUAGCACAAAUCUUUGAAAAAUUUUGGUUUGUUUUCUUACCCAAAUGUUUGCAGAAAUGUAUUUCUAUUUCAAUACUUUCUAGAUUUCAUAAGUGCAGUGUAUAUAAUGCCUACUGAAGACUGUAAAAUACUGAAGUUUUCUUUCAAACAAAGUGUAAAGAAAAAAAAGACAAAAAUAUAAUGAGCCUGUAAAUUGCUCUGUGACCAGACUUCAUUGUUGUCUUAAUAUAUUCUUGUGUGUGCGUGUGCCCAUGUGUGCGUGUAUACACACGUAUAUACGCACACGCAUACCCGUGCGUGUAUAUAUGUGUGGUUGUGACCUAUGCAAUACAAAUUAUGGGAUCAGGCAGCUUCUGAGAAUACAUCCCAUAAUUCUGUUUCAGGAAUAGUCGCCAGUAUUUACACAGCAGCAUUUUUUCUCAGGCUUAUUGCGUGCUGUUGCUUUCUGUGUGCUUGGGACAGUGUCAAACCAGUGCAGCGCAUUCUGGCAGUGGGCACGGUCACUGAUGUCCAUGUGCUCGAGGGAAUAUGUCACUUUGUUUUCCAUGUGAAUUAACUGUUAAACAAUGCAGGAUCUGAACUUCUCGAAAUGAACUCGACUAGAAAUAGCAAUUUGGAGAGCUACACACGGAUUGUAAAUUCUGUGUCCCAGUUCUAAACUCGGCUGGCAGGAGUCGCACACGAGGUUCCUGUGUACCUGUAGAAACAGUCAUGUUCCGGUAGAGGCAGUGUGAACAAAGUGUAUUAUUGCACAGGGUCAACAAGCGGUUUGUUGCCAUUUGAAGUAACAUUACUGAUUUUAUUGCAACCUUACCUCUUUUGUUUUUAUAAAAUGUACCAAGUUUUAAAUUGAUGAGUUUAUUUUACUUGUUUUUAGAAAAAAAAAAAGUAAAAAAAAAAAUCUCUUGCCAGUAUUACAUGUUUUUUCUUUGUCUACUACUUUCGAGGGGGUUUUAGCCAAAGAGUAAACAGAAGGAUGUUUUUACUUUGGUCUCUCACUGUACUGCAUACGGUUAGUUUCCACAAGGAUAAAACUGUGCAACGCACAUGAAUGACAGAGUGGUUUGAGAUGUCCUGCCUGGGUUAGUAGUUGCUUAGUCCAUUACUUGAGUAUUUGACUUUUUCUGCUCAUCUUGAACAUCUUGAGAAGGUGACUUAUUUUUUUUUUCCCCCCAUCACCUUGUAGCCAAAGGAAGCAGAAAAAGCUUUUUAUCCUGUGCUUGAUGUAUCGCUGGCCAGGUGAUAUUAGCUUUACGAAAAUGCUAAUUAAAAACUGCUACUUCUGUUUACCUUCACUAAAAUUAGUGUUUUUUUUCUCACACCCUCAGCUAUUAAUUUAAUGUUGUUGCCUUGCCUGUAGCUGCAAUAUUUUGAUAACACAGUGACUUCAUGUUAAUUUUUGAAUGUUUAUUUUUUGGGAUAAAGCAAAAUGUAAAGCCUUUGUAACCCUACCCACACCAUCGGUAUCUGUCUUUAUUGUUUCACUGUAUCUGUGUCCUUUAAUUCUAACUGAACACCAGCAGUAUUUUUCAUAAAGUUUCUUUCGAAGAUAAAUUUUGGAAUGUACUUGGGGACUUUAGAGGAGGGGGAGAAGAUACUUGUCAGACUUAAACUAUCUAUAGACUUAACUAUUGUGAAUGUCCUCGUUUCAUUUUAUUACGAUGGUUGACUUGGCUCUGAUGUUCAGUUUGUAUUUUUGGAACUGCUUAUUUCUUAGAAUUAAAAGACCAACAUUAAAUGUGUGUAUUUUCUGAGAGAGAAGAAUGAGUUUUGAUUCUGAAUUCUUGGGCAGUACAUACUCCGUGGCACCCUCCCAUUCGUUGUUUCUCUGUCUCUGACUUUGCCAUUGCCGUCCUGGAGACGCUUGCCCUGCACGUGGACCCUGACUGGUAUUCUGACUGCGCUUGAGGGUUGUGUUGAGACAAGGUGUCCUGCUGGAAAGUGCUGCAGUGGUGCUGUUGAAGAGACAGCUAGAGUAGAGGUUAAAGCACGCUCACAAAUGCCUUUCUCUCAUUUUGUGUGAAUUUCACUGUAUGUGUGAAUGGAAUGUGGAAAGGACAAAUCCCAAUGUGCUGUAGCUGCCAAUUUUGUUUGUGACUUAAUCACCGUAUGUAUGUGUGUCUGUAAAUGUAUGUAAUGCAGCUGUGUUGUGAUCACUGAAUUGGAACCAUAUCUCUAUGUGCCAAAUUUGAUAUUUCUCCAUUAUUAUUUGUAUUACGGUAGUAUUUAGGUAGCUAAAGCAUCUCUUGAGGCCAUUCUGAAACUGCAGGAGUCACGUCAACAAGACAGCAAGGAAAUAGCGGCACGAUACUGGUCACAAUUGUAGAAUAAUCUUUGUAGUAAACUGCUUGUCAAAUUGUUGUUCUCAACAAAAACCUCAAGAAGAAUUUUGAACAAAAAAAUACGCUUUUCCAUGCAUAACAGGCAUUUUCACAGAAUCACAGAAUCACAAGGUUGGAAAGGACCCAUUGGAUCAUCGAGUCCAACCAUUCCUAACACUCCCUAAACCAUGUCCCUAAGUACUUCAUCCACCCGUUCCUUAAACACCUCCAGGGAAGGCGACUCGACCACCUCCCAUUUCAGUGAGAUUAAAGAGGAAUCCUAAAAAAUCUCAGUGUAAUAUGGAAAACAAGAUUUUAACUUGAAGACAGGAAUAAACAAAGAGGCCUUGGAAGUAAAGACAAGCAGUUUGUUGUCUGGGGGCCAGAGUGAGGGAGAAAUGAGUGAGCAGAAAAACAGUUGUACCUGUGGGACGUCCUGCUAAAGUGAUUGCCAGUGUUAUAUCUUAAAAGGAGAUUGUUGAAUUCAGACGGAACAUGCCAAGGCUGGAGACAGAGCAAUAGUCAGAACACAGUGAAUAAGGAUGAAGUGGAUGGGAGUGUCAGCGCAGUGGGAAGAGGAGUCGUCUUGCAAAGGCUGUGCAGGUAACAAUUUCAGGCUUAAAAUUGUUUUACUACUUUUAAUUCCUUAACAUGUGCCUGAAUGAAAUCUAACACUGCAGUUAUGAUAUGAUAGCAGAAAAUGGUAUUUUGUGGAAGUGAAGAAAAGGUUUAAGGAUAGCGAGUUGUUUGGUUAAUGCUGAACUCAGGCUGAUGGCUUAACACCCGUGUGGAGGUGUUGGAUCUAUUGAGAUCCUGGUGUUGGCAGAAACAUGUGAGGGAAAAAUCCCAGUUGUCAACCUAAAGCUUGUAGAAAAGUUGUUUUCCUGUAGGUGAGAUAUAAAGGAUUAGAGAGCAGUCCCUGAAGAAAGUUGGAAGAGGAAUGACCACUCCUUGUGCACUCAUAUUCUAUUUGGACAGGUAGCAGAUGGAAACUUGGUAGAUGCUAAAGGAAGAAAGGGACCGAGAGCUUACGGGUUCCAAGUCUCACCAAAGGUCCUCAACUACAGCAGCUGAUAGCAUGAAAGGAGGAGAUGGAAUUCAGAUGCUGCUGGUGUAACUUUAGCAGUGUAGGUGUUUACUAUUAAAAUUUUAAUGGUUUUGAUUUUUAUUAUUUCAUUACUGUUAUCUUUACCUGUAAUAAAAAUCAACAAUAACCUUAAGUAAAUUGUUGAGUUUGAAAAGAGAAUUAUACAGUAAGGCACCCCUUAUUCUGCUCUGCAGUGACGUGCAGUCACAGUGCUUCCUCACCUCUGUGCUGGCAUUCCUCUUGAACCAACAGUGAGUUUCUGUGGCAGGAAACUGCUGGAGUGGGGGAAGCAAGGAACGCAGGGAAGAGGAUGGGCUUUUAACAGGAGCCCUGUUAAAAGCCUUAAAAGCCCUAAAAUCUCACAAUAACCAAGAGUUGCAAGCCUCCUGUCUGCACCAGAAGCUGGCAAGCUUUAAAAUGUAGCGGUCUUAGAAUGGUUCUUACAAGUUCCUUGGCCUUUUCUAGCUUCAUUUUCAAGUCCUCAGAUACAGCUCAAUCUACUUAGUUCCAGACUGUCUUAAUUACUGUUGGGCCUAAUGAGUCUUUAGGACUGACUAGUGUAAAUGCUUAUUUUAAAAAUAAGGAGGGUGUGGGGGGGAAGUAAUUGCUGUGGCUGGUAGAAUAAAAGUUUUUUAACAAGGUGGUCUUAUUGCUGUACCACAGGGUCAUGGGCUCUGAGGAGAGGUGUGCGAUGGGCUCAUGCCAGCCUGAGGUACAGGAAUGUUUCUGUUGUAGGAAGGAGUUUAAGGCUUGGGGUAUUGCUUCUUGCAGUGCAUGCUGAGACCAGCAAAGAGAGCUUCGGCUGCGUUACUUGUGUCUUUGUCCAGCACAGCUAUUGACAGUCCUCAUUGUGAUUUCAUCUUCCUUCCACUGCGAAUCGCUGUCUGGCAAUAGAAUGCUGUGCCCUGGUGUUUGAGAUCUGCUCCAGGACAAAAAAAGGAAGUUCCUGAUCAUUACUUCAACAAUGUGGUUUGCAGGCUUCCGGACAGACCCCGGCUCCUCCGGAUGGUGAACAAGCUCGGAUUUGUCAUGUGCGUUACUCGAUUAAGCUGAAAAAAUCUCCAAAACUUCAAGCUUUUAGUCUUAGGAUCUUGAGUAUUCUCUUACGAAUUAUGUGAAAUUAUUACAUAUUGACUACUAGUAGUUUAUAGAUGUACUUCUUAAUUGGUAGAGUUUAUAUUUUGUGAUAAUGCUUUCUUGUCUUUGUUGUAUUUCUGCUUAGGUGUUUAUUUUAAGAUGUUGACCAUACCUCAUAAGAAGUGAAAAUAUUUACAUUGUGAAAUAAACUGUUUCUUUAGGGAAGGGAAAAAGAAGAAUUAAUGGAAGUGCUCAGCAGGUCAUCAGAUGCCAGUCAGUAUUUGCUGCUGAAAAAUACUUUUUUUUUCCUUUAAUUUUUCCUCAAGAGUUUCACGUGACAUCUGUACCACUCUAACUGGGAAGUGCAUAAGCCUGCGCAUAAGUUAACCUUAUGGAGACAAAGUACCUGCUGUGAAACCCUUUCCAGAAGGGGUUUCUGAAGACACGUGGCUGUUGUGGUUUUGAGUGCGAGUGCCAGUUUGCUACUGUCUUUCUGAGGUAGCAAAAGCAUAAAUUCCCUUCAUCUCCUCUCUGGGAUGUUGCCUCUCACCUUUUCGAGGUGAGAAACUUGGGACUUGGUUUCAUUGCUAACAAGUACCUCUCAACUAGGGGACUCGGUUCAGUUGCUAACACAUCCCCCAUGUCUAGUUUGAAGCCACAGGUGCUGUUUUGACGCUGAGCUGUCCUGACCCAGGCUUUGCAGUCUCGCGCUGUUGAGCACAGCACCUCACCGGUCUCUGCAGGAUGUGACCUCUGCUGUCACUUUGCACCAGGCGGUACUUGGGGUUCUUCCUGGAUUCGCUCCUGACCUCAUUGCCUGCAGAACUGCAAGCGAUGCUGUUCUGUGUGUAUGCAAUGAACUGCAGGUGCGUUACAGAGUGUAAGUAUUAAUUGAUGUGCAAAUACUGGGGGGCAGAAAGCUCCUUCUUGACUUGCACCUGCUAACUUCAAAGCCAAAUCUGUUUUCUGUUACGAAGAUCAGAGGUUGAUAUUGUUCUGACCUGACACCUAUGUGAAUCUUAAGUUAUCUGCACUGAUUUUGGGUUACAGCGAUAAGAAGAGAAUUUGUGCUUUUCAUUUCUUUCUCAUUCAGUGCUCAUUAUUAAAAAGGAAGUCUUAGCUUGGCAUACUUGAUAUUUUUCAGCCUUCAUAUGAAGGAAAGAUGCUUUACCUUGUAAAAUGAAGAACACAAACACAGGUUUAAACUUAUUGAAAAUCUUAGUUUUGCAUAAUUUUAUUCAACAUCUGUAAGUCUUAAAACAAUUCUGAAUAAAAAGUUCAUUAAGAAAACUAGAUUUUUAUUCUCCUUUGUAAAUUUUCUACAAUGAAAAGCAAUCUACUCUUCAAAAUUCAAAUGAGAUUUAGCUGCAAAUUAAAAUGGUAGAUCCUUCACCUAUGAUGAGCAUGUUCCAGCUGCCAGAGUCAAAGCACAGUUACAGUUAAGAGUUCUUCCCUGUUUUGUUUUCUGUAAUGAACCUUGAGUGGGGAGAGAAUACAGCCAGAGCUCUUCCUUGCUAACAAUUCCUUCCAGAUGAACUCUGCUGUUUGUUUUCCUUCUGCCAGACUGCUGUGG